UCGUUUUGUCUUUGUUGUGUUUGUAGCGUUUGUAGCACUAUUGAGCACGUUUUAAAACACCGGUUAAUCGUAAAGAUUUAAUUCGUAAUCGUAGGUGAAAUAUGUAAAUAAAAAAAAAUAUAAAUGAGUUGUUUUGUAAAAGGUUGUACCACGUCAGGGUACAUGAAGAAGAAUUGUAAUGAAAAUUACAAAAAACAUUUAUUCUCGCCCGUUUCCGAGGAAAUAUUAUGCGAGUGGAAGAAAGCAAUUCCUGGAGGUGAGAAUUUGUUGAAGAAACAUAGAAUUUGUGAACUUCAUUUUGAAAAAGAUGACAUCAUAACUGAUUUUGUUACAAAAAUGCCUGAUGGAAGUGAAUAUCGUUUAAAACGAGAGAGACCAAUGUUAAGAAAAGGAGCGAUUCCAAAAUUUUUUUCAACUUUAACUUGUAAAGAAACGUAUGAAGCAUCUCAAAAGGAAAUAGAAAAAAAUCAUCAAAAAAAUGUUAUUAAAAAUAAUGAAUCAUUUUUAUUGCUUAAAGGAGAGGAAGUAGAUUUUAAAGAAAUGAUGAAUUUUUCUGACAAAAUUCCAUUACCAUCGAAAAAUUGGUUUGUAAACUCUGUGGAAAAAUUUAUUCAAUGGACAUCGUAUAGUUAUAAUUUCGAUGAUUGCUCAAAAAUAGUAAGAGUAAAUGAUGACAAAACAGUAAAUAUCCUUUUAGGUAGAAAAAAAGUGGAAAUACCAAAUUUUCAAACAGUGAAUAAUGUCAAUGAUGUGGUUGCAUUAUUAAAGGAAGUUGACAAAGUUAUUCCAUGUGGGGAAACUGAAAGAUCAGACAAAUGUUUUGGAUUUAUUAUUCAAAAAGAAAGCAGCAGAGGUCGUAAAUUUAUAUUUUGCGAAGAAUGUGCGAAACAUCGAAAAAGAAUGCAAAACAAGAUUGAAGUAGCGGAUAUUAUAGCAAAACUGAGAAUGAAAAAUAAGAAAUUAAGAGAGAAAUGUAAAAAUGCAAAAAGAAAAGAACUACGGUUGGUUAAAACUAGAAAAGUACUCAAAAGAAAGAUACAAGAGCUGCGGGGAAAACACGCCGAGACAAAAGAAGAAAUUUUAAAUUGAUCCGAGGAAUUAGAUUUAUCAGGCAAUGGGCGUUACAAAUGUAUAUCACUCAGGAUUAUAAACAAAAAAAAAAUCAGAAGUGGAA